AUGGGUAAAAUUUCAGAGUUCCUCGGGAAUCCAGGUGCUAGACCUGACGUUCAUCAUAGAGCACCUACUGUUGAUUGCAAACAGUACGAAGAAUUUGGUGAUUCCAACGAUUACAAGAACGAUGAUGUGGUCAGAGUUAUCAGCCACAGCGAUGAGAGUACUGAUGACGAACUUUGUAAUGUAAACUUAUCAGAAACAGGCGCAAUCUUCACGAGUAAAGGUUUCACUGGAUUAAGUAAAGGUUUUACAGAUAAAUCUUUAGAUUUUCUAGUACGAGUGGCUGGUUCACAAGCCGUUUUUUUCAUCGUUUGGGUUAUUCUCAUAAUCUGGGUGGUGAUUGGUAUUGUUUAUAACGCACCUUUCAAUUGGCAGGUUGUUAUGCAGGAUGGCCAAUCGAUCCAAAGUUAUGUUUGGGACACACUACUGAUGAGGCAACAAUUGAUGAGCACACAUGAACAAAUUUUGAUUUGUGGUAGAUUGAAAUCGAGAUUGGCUUCCUUUAAAAACUACCUAACAAGAAGUACCCCAGAGGAAGAAAAAGCAGAAUGCACGGUUGAAGCUAAUGAGGUCACUUCUGUUGAAAAGCAUAUAGACCCAUCUGCCAUUAACGGAGAACUGCCUGUCGAAAAUUGGUACGACCGUUUAUCUAAUUUAGCAAGUAAAUAUAUGGGUUCAAUUGCAGCAAUGGUGAUAUUUUGGAUAGGUAUUUUCGUUUGGAUCGGUUGUGGUGCUAUCCCAAAAGAUGCAGGCAACACAGCACCUUACACUGGAGAAACUACUGGUAGUAAUCCAAGAUUGAAAAAGUUCAGUGACGCUUGGCAAAUGUAUAUCAACACUGCUGUUGCAGUCUCCCUUCUGAUUUGCACUACUUUCUUACAAAAUAUAAGAGCAAGACACGAUUAUUUCACAGGGAAAUUUUUGGUUGAUAUCUUCGAUAUGGACGAAAAAAUCGACUAUCGUAUAAGAAAGCAUUUUAACGAUUUCGAGACGCCUCACCCAGUCGUUACCAUUGAGUCCAAAAAAAGAUCAACCGGGAGAAAAAUGAUUGAUUGGUAUGCCGAUAUUAUUGGGACUGGGAUUGGUGUUGUGAUUGGUGUAGCAGUAUUCGCUACUUGGAUUGGUAUUGGUUCGCCAAUGAAGUGGGAUGAUAAUUGGUGGUUGAUUAUCGGUACAUACACAGGUUUAAUUGGGUUUUUAGAUGGUUUCGUUCUAAGAGAAGUGUACUUCAGGAUUGUCCAGCACGAGGAGAAGAAUUACUCUGAUGUGGCUAGAGAAGACCUUGAACUGUUCCAAGAAUUAGGUAUUGAAUGUCCCGAAGAGUUCACUGGUAAGGCCCCUGAGGUUAACACCGUUGGUUACAGAACAUCCCGGUAUAUUAAUAGGAUCUGCUCAACUCCUUGGAGUGUUCUGGUAUCCGUCGUGAUCAUCAUCGCUUUGAUUUGUAUUGCUUCCGGUAUGCGUUGGAGUACGACAGGUCAGUUGAUUGCUAACACGCCAACCAUGAUUAUCGAAGAAUUCUUCUUACUAGUUCUGUUGCAAGCACAUAAUUGGGCUGAUCGUCAAAGAAGAGUGGAGGUGACCGCUUUGUACGCACGUAGGCGCAUUCUCCUAUCAUAUGUGGAAAAACGUUUCCCAGAGGUUAUGGUGUUGGAAAAGUAG